CUGGCAGGUAAGCCAGCGAGCGAGGCCACAGGUCAGUCGUGCACGGACUGUUGGGGCAUAAGCACUUAUGACUGCAAGCACACUUUUUUGCGAUAGCUGAUGUGCUGUGUGCAUUAGGCUGGCCACACUUAAAUUUUUGUUUACCAGCAAACAACAAAAACAAACAGCUGUUUGGUCAGCAUUUUGAAACUAUCGAUAGCUAGAACACAACGACGCAGCAGCAGCAGCCAAUAUUAUGCGAAACAAAAAAUCUAUAAAAAAGUAGAGCAGCAGCAGUGUAGCAGUUGGGGCGGGGUAAACAGUUGGAGCAGCAGCAGCAUGGAAUCUACAGUGAUCCAUGCUGGCAGCAAUGUGCCAAGCGGCUUUGGUGAAAGCAAUCUAGCGGCUGCCGAGCAAGACAACAACCAAUUGGCAACAACAACAUCAACAUCAACAACAACGACAACGACGCAUAAGAAUAAUGCUGAGCAAGCACACGAGGAGGAUGACGAUGAAGAGGAUGAUGAUGAUGAUGAUGAUGAUGAUGAUGAUGAUGAGGAUGACGAUGCCAAGGAAGCGUAUUAUGAGGCGCGGAACGGCAACGAAAGCGACGAGCUGGAAAUGGCCUUUCAAAGUGCAUUGACACUAGCGAGUGACGUCAGAGUAAAUAUAAGUGAUGCGGAUGAAGAUGCGUGCGCAGAGCAAACGCAGGCGCAACUAGAACUGCCACAGCCAGAGACUGUCACAGACUUGCCACAAGCAAUAAACAACGAUGUGCAGGCGGCGACAAUAACAACAGAACCACCGCCUGCGCCAGCCCAAUCAGAAUCUCAAUCCCCAGCACCAUCGCCAGCGCCUUUGCAACGCCAAACACUGCUGAGCACCAAGAGCUGUGAGACGCCAGCCACGACGCUGUCGCCGACAAGUUCCUGCAACGGCAGCAUUGGCAGCGACGGCAGCUGCAGCGUUGGCGGCGGGGCGCGUCGCAAAUCCUGGACGCUGUCACCACAAACCGCUGGCUGCAAGAGAAAAAACAAAGCAACUAGCUGCAAUGGCGACAGCUUCAACCUGUGGGUGGCGCGCGAAUGUUUCGAAACGGUGCCCGCGGAAAUGGUGGAUACGCUUAGCGUGGCCGAGCAGCAAGAGGAGGAGGAACAGCAGCAGCAGGAGCUGGAGCUCGAUGAGGAGGCAGCUGCUGUGGAGAGUUUACUAGGUGCAGCGGCUGCGCUGCAGGCGAGCGCGGCACAGCAGCAGCUGAGACAACCGGCGCCGCAUAGGCCGCUGGAACGCUCGUGGCCACCGCGUGGACGUGAGUUGAAGCUGCAGGGCGAUGUGUUCAAGUUCGAUAUACUCGACACGGACGAGCGGUUGCUGGGCGAGGAGACGCCCAGCUAUAGCGGCAGCGCCAGCAACAACAACUCGCCGCUGCGUCUGCCCGUCCAGGCGGAGCAGAGUCCGCCCAUGCGCUUCAAGCCGCUGCUGCAAAAGAAAAUAGGACCCGAUAGCUAUAUAAACACCAUAAGCACGCAGCAGGUGCCGGCGCAUCUGAGCUAUGAGUUCCCAACGUUUCCGCUGCAGCAGCAACAGCAGCAGGAGCAGCAGCCAAGCGCCAGCAGCAGUGCCGCUGGACACAAUGGCCAUCAUUUUCCUCAACUGCGACAGCAUCGUCCGUUGACGCGCGCUCUGUCCAAUGGCAAAGCUGGCGCUGGAGCGGAUGAGCAUUCACCAAGACUGCUUCUGUCACCCAAGCGCCAGCGUAGUCCACCCUCGGGCUGCUCCACGCGCAGUGCCUCACCCAUGGAUGUCAGCCUUAGCCCGGAGCAGCAUUCGCCUACGCGUGGGCGUGGCGUGGGCGGCGCCAUUGAAGCGCAGCUGCCACUGCCUUUGGCUCCAGCGCAGCGUCCGCAGCAGCGACUGCUGAAACGUGUGGGCGGCGGCAGUGCCGCCUUAGUGUGUCCACCCACGCCCACGCAUCAUGCGCGCCGCCAUGCGCGACUCCAAGCGGUCACUGCCAAUGUUAUGGAUACGGCGGAUUAUACGCCGCCUGCUUCGCCAGUGGCUCGUGCCGCUGCUGCCGCCGCCGCCGGCGCAGAGGACACAACGGAGCUGCUGCAUCUGAGCAGCACGCGGCUGCCAUCCAUACCAGAACGCUCGGCGGCCAUAGCCGCCGCUGCAGCUGCCGCGGCCGCCGUCAAUGCGGAGCCACCGCUGCCGCCCGCUUGGGAGGCACGCAUGGACAGCCAUGGACGCAUUUUCUACAUAGAUCACACCACGCGCACCACAUCCUGGCAGCGUCCUGGGCCCAGCACGGCGCCAGUGGGACGCGAGCAGCAUCAUCGCCAGCAGCUGGACAGACGCUAUCAGUCCAUCAGGCGCACCAUUACCAAUGAGCAGCGUGACUAUUUAGCCGCCGCCGCUGAGACGCCGUCCACAGCGCCUGUCGUCGCCGCCGUCGCCGUCACUGCCACCGCCUCCGCCGGCAGCGCGGCCAGCAACGCCGCCAACGCCUCCUCCCUGCAUCUGCCCAUACAUCCCGCCAUACUGAUGCUCUGCCGCCCGGACUUCUACUCACUGCUGCACACCAACGAGGCGGCACUCCAGAUCUACAAUCGCAACGCUGCCUUGAAGCACAUGGUCAUGCGCGUCCGGCGUGAUCCGCAGUGCUUCCAACGCUAUCAGUACAACAAGGACUUGGUCGCCUUGGUCAACACCUUUGCCCAGCUGGGCCGCGAUCUGCCCUCCAGCUGGGAGACCAAGCUGGACCAGUCGGGCAAGCAAUUCUUCAUCGAUCAUCAGCAUCGCAAGACCUCGUUCAUGGAUCCCCGCCUGCCAGUUGAGUCGCCGCGCGUCGUGCGCCAUCGCCAUCUGCAUCAGCCGGAUCUUGUGGAUGGCAACUGCCUGUCGGCCACCAGUGGCCACAUCAACUCCUCCAGCUCGGGCAGCAGCAGCAGCUCCUCAGCGGUCUCGGGCGUGCCGCCUCUGCCGCCGCCGCGUCCCUGCCGCACCAGCCAGGCGCUGGCCAAUGCCCACAACUGCACCACAGCGGCGGCCAUUGCCUGUGGCCUGAGCUUGGCCGGCGCCGCCGGUGGCCCCAGCACCAGCAACGGCGCCAAUGCUCUGGGCUACGAGGAUGUGCCCAUUGCCUAUAACGAAAAGGUCAUUGCAUUUCUGCGUCAACCCAAUAUACUGGAGAUACUGCGGGAGCGACAAGGUCAGCAUACGGUCUCUCGAUCGCUGCGUGAGAAGAUUAACAUUUUGAGAGUGGAGGGCGUGCUCGCACUGGAGCGUCUAGGUCACGAUCUACAGCUGACCAUAUUGCUCAGUUUGUUUGAGCAGGAGAUAAUGAGCUAUGUUCCUAUUGAGGAGCGCAGUCCGCAGGGCUCGCCGGUGCUGAGCUCGAGGAUGCCGCAGCGGGCGCCGCCGCCAUUCCGACGUGACUUUGAGGCCAAGCUGCGCAGCUUCUAUCGCAAGCUGGAGUCCAAGGGCUAUGGCCAGGGGCCACACAAGCUGAAGCUGCACAUACGGCGCAGUCAUUUGCUGGAGGAUGCGUUCCGCCGCAUAAUGUCGGCCAAUAAGAAGGAUCUGCAGCGUGGCCGUCUGGCUGUGCUUUGGGACACGGAGGAGGGCCUGGACUAUGGUGGGCCCUCGCGUGAGUUCUUCUUCCUGCUGUCGCGCGAACUCUUCAAUCCCUACUACGGACUCUUCGAGUACUCGGCCAACGACACGUACACGGUGCAGGUGUCGCCGCUCUCCGCCUUCGUGGACAACUGCCACGACUGGUUCCGCUUCAGUGGGCGCGUGCUGGGUCUCGCCUUGGUGCAUCAGUAUUUGCUGGAUGCGUUCUUUACGCGUCCGUUCUACAAGGCGCUGCUGCGUCUGCCGGUGGCAUUGAGCGAUCUGGAAUCGCUGGACAAUGAGUUUCAUCAGUCGCUGCAGUGGAUACGCGACAAUGACAUUGGCACUGGCAUUGACUUGGGUCUGACCUUUUGCGUUACCGAGGAGCUGCUGGGCCGCGUUGUGGAGCGCGAGCUCAAGCCAGGCGGCAAGAAUAUAAUUGUCAACGAGAAGAACAAGAAGGAGUACUUGGAGCGCAUGAUUAAGUGGCGCCUGGAGCGCGGUGUGCAGGAGCAGACCGAGUCGCUGGUGCGUGGCUUCUACGAGGUCGUGGACUCGCGCCUUGUCUCCAUCUUCGAUGCACGCGAACUGGAGCUAGUCAUAGCCGGCACCGCUGAAAUCGACACCAACGACUGGCGUCUCAACACGGAAUAUCGCUCGGGCUAUCAUGAGAACCAUCAGGUCAUUGUCUGGUUCUGGCAGGUCAUCGAGCGCUUCAGCAAUGAGCAGCGCCUGCGGCUGCUGCAGUUCGUCACCGGCACCUCCAGCAUUCCCUACGAGGGCUUCUCAGCGCUGCGCGGCUCGACGGGCCCGCGACGCUUCUGCAUCGAGAAGUGGGGCAAGCCCAAUGCGCUGCCGCGUGCUCACACCUGCUUCAAUCGUCUCGACCUGCCGCCGUAUCCAACGCCGGAGCUGCUCUACGAGAAACUGCUGCUGGCCGUCGAGGAGACAAACACCUUUGGCAUCGAAUAGAUAAUAGUUUGGUUUUUUGAUUAUGCAGCCAAGAGCGCUGCACAAGUUGUUGUUAUAUCUAAGCAGCUGAUAGAUAUUUAAUUUCAUUAUUCAUUAGUUUGUUAUUUGUAUUGAAAUAUUCAUUCAACAUUUUCAAAUGUAAUAACCAAAAAUUUAAGCAACUGGUUAAACUAUCAACUGCUUUAAUAUUUCCAUAACUUGUCAGCACUCUCUGCAUACAUAUAUAUAGUUAAUAUAUAUAUAUUAAUUUUUUUUUUUGUUGCUAUUUUGCGUGAUAUUUAAAGAAAGACAUGACGUUUGUCCAGUCGACUGUUUUAAGUUUACAAGUGGAGAAACGUUUAUACAGACUUGCCGCUUUAUGCAUAACCAUUGCUGUUACCUCAAGAACGUAUUUUUGCCACGUGGUCAGUCAUUAGCUCUAAGUUACCAAACACACACACACACAUUACCACACACACACACUCGAAACCAAUGAACAAACUGCAGUCUGUAGCACUUAAGAACUUGGACUUGAACAGGCUUUAGCUUAUAAUCUAAGCCUAGAAUUUCUUAUACACAACACGGCAGAACUGCAAAGCAUUCAAUUAUUACUUGUUUGAAUUUUACUAUCUGCAGUCCUGCCAUAUUUAUUUAUUUUUGUUUUUCUCCUUACGUUCAUUGCCAACUGCCUCAAGAAAUUUUGAAAUAAUUCCAUAGAGACUCAAACACUACAAACAAAACAAAAACAUAAAUGCCUACAUUCUAAAACUAAACUUAGCUUAAUACAAAACGAAAUGCUACGCCAAUACUUAAAUAGCUUGUAACUAUAUAAUUAUACUAUAUAUAUAAAUUAAAUAUACCGCUCUCUCUCUCUCUCUCUCUCUAAGUAGACGUGUGCGUUAUUAGUUGUGCAUUCCAAUUGUGGAUUUGAAAUAUUUACUAGUUGUUAGUUUAUAUUACACGCAUACACUUAUAUAAAUCUUUACAAAUAUAUGUACUAUAUAAUUAUAUUAGAGUGGCUCGAAAUCGUGCUUGAUAUGGUCCCACUCUAAUAUCCUUAUAUAUAUUCGCCUAGAGAUUGGUACAAUUGGUCCAGUAAAUUGCUUUGGCUUAAUUGAAUUAGUUUUUUAAGCUCGCAAGUAUUUAACGAAAAUAUAUUUAUAAAAAAUGAAAAGUAACAGUUGAGUUAUAUUGAAUUGUAAUAGCUAAAUAACAUUUUCUAUGAUGAGCAAUGUAAAAAACGCAAAAUACAUACAAUAAUCCUUAUGCGAUUAUGUGAUUUGUUUAUAUAGAUUUUCACAUUUGUUAAAACACACACACCCACAAAAGCACGGAAAGAAAUUAACCAAGUGCGUUUAGUGAAAUAGAAAGCGAGAGAGAAAGAUUUCCGUAAGCUUGAGCAUGUUUUAUUGAUUUAUUAAUAUGCGCGUGUAUUUAUUAAAUAGAUUA